GUCCGUGAAGACGGGCCCACCAUGUUCUAUGGGACCCACUUCAUCAUGUCCCCACCCGCCAAGAGCAAGCUGAAGCGGCAGGGACAGCUGCUGUCCAGCGUGCUGUCCCGGACGCUGAGCUACAAGUACCGUGACCUGGACGCCACCUGCUCCAGCCUGGGCACCGGCGACGACCCGGCCGAGCUCUCCACCCAGCUCUCGGCCCCUGGGGUCCUGAAGGUGUUCGGGGACAGCGUGUGCACGGGCACCCACUACAAGAGUGUCCUGGCCACCGGCACGUCCAGCGCCCGGGAGCUGGUGAAGGAGGCCCUGGAGCGCUACGCCCUGAGCCCCGAGCGCGCCGGCCAGUACGUGCUAUGCGACGUGGUGGGCCAGGCCGGCGACUCCGGGCGGCAGUGGCAGGCCGAGGGCUUCCGGGUGUUCGGCGACAACGAGAAGCCCCUCCUGAUCCAGGAGCUGUGGAAACCCCGAGAAGGCUUGUCCCGGAGGUUUGAGCUGAGAAAGAGGUCGGAGAUGGAGGAGCUGGCAGCCAGGGACGUGGACACCGUGACGGCAGGCAUAAACGCCCAAGCCCGGAGACUGCAGCGGAGCCGCGCCAAGGGAACCCCAGCCCCGGCCGCGGGGGGAGCCUGGAGCCCGCCUCUGCCCCGGCUGCGCCGCACGGUCAGCGAGACCAGCCUGAGCUCGGCCACCGCCCCGCCACCCGCUGCCCGGGGCCCCGAGGAGCCCGGCCAGGACGCCAUGCGCUGCUCCGUCUAUGAGUCGCCCCACCUGCUGCUCCUGCAGGGCUACAGCCAGCAGCACGACAGCCUGGUCUACGUGCUCAACCGGGAGCGGCACACGGUGGGCCAGAGGACCCCCUCCAGCAAGCCCAGCAUCAGCCUCUCGGCGCCCGACAUCCUGCCUCUGCACUGCACCAUCCGCAGGCGCCAGCCGUCGGGCCGGGCGCAGGCAGGGGCACAGCUGGUCCUGGAGCCCAUCCCCGGGGCGCCCGUCUCGGUCAACUUCUCGGAGGUGGGGGGCCGCGCCGUGGUGCUGCGCCACGGGGACCUGCUCUCCCUGGGCCUGUACUACCUGCUGCUGCUGAAGGACCCAGCGCAGGCCCAGCCCCUGCCCGCCCAGGCCCUGGCCCGCCUCCGGGCCGUGCCAGAGAGCUGUAGGAUGUGCGGCGCCCCGCUCUGGGCCCGGGGCGCCUCGGUCUCCGCGAGGCCCGUCCACCCCCGGCCGCGGCCGCUGCGCCUGGAGUUCGAGCCCGACGCGGAGGACGCGCUGCUGCAGCGGAUCAUGACGCUGGUCGAGCCGGGCGGCGACGACCACAAGCUGACCCCCGCCUUCCUCCUCUGCCUCUGCAUUCAGCACUCGGCCACCCGCCUCGAGCCGGGCUCCUUCGGGCAGCUCCUGCUCAAGAUGGCCAGGAUGAUCCGAGAGACGGUCUGGGAGAAAACCAAAGAACUCGCCGAGAAACAGGCACACCUCCAGGAGCCCCUCUCCACAGCCAGCUUCACCAUGGAGGGCCUGGUUCCGGACCUGCAGCACAUCCUCUUCUGGAUGUCCAACUCGGUCGAGCUUCUGUACUUUAUCCAGCAGAAGUGCCCACUCUACAUGCAGAGCCUGGAGGAGGAGCUGGACGCCACAGGCUCGAAGGAGUCCCUGUUCUCCUGCACCCUCACGGCCAGUGAGGAGGCCAUGGCAGUGCUGGAGGAGGUUGUCCUGUACGCCUUCCAGCAGUGCGUGUACUACGUCUCCAAGUCCCUGUACAUGUGCCUCCCGGCUCUGCUGGAAUGCCCCCCCUUCCAGUUGGAGUGCCGCGAGAGCUGGUGCUCGGCCCCUCGGCUGCCCGAGGAGCUGCACCGCGUCGUGUCCGUCUACCAGGCCACCCUGGACCUCCUGCGGCCGCUGCAGGUGCACCCCGAGAUCGCCGCCCAGGUGCUGGCCUACCUCUUCUUCUUCUCCGGCACGCUGCUCUUCAACCAGCUCCUGGACAAGGGGCCCUCUCUGAGUUGCUUCCACUGGCCCAGAGGCGUCCAGGCCUGCGCCCGCCUGCAGCAGCUCCUGGAGUGGACAAGGAGUGCCGGCUUUGGCGAGGCUGGAGAGCGCUUCUUCCGGAAGCUUUCCUGCACGCUCAACCUGCUGGCCACGCCCAGUGCCCAGCUCGUCCAGAUGAGCUGGGCGAACCUGCGGGCCGCGUUCCCUGCCCUGAGCCCUGCGCAGCUGCACCGCCUGCUGACCCAGUACCAGCUGGCCUCGGCCAUGGGCCCCAUGAGCGCCUGGGAGCCGGGUGCCCAGGACAGCCCCGCAGCCUUCAAGUCAGAGGAGGUCCUGGAGUCCUACGAAAACCCCCCACCCAUCGUUUUGCCGAGCGAGGGCUUCCAGGUGGAUCUGGAGGCCGACUGCCUGGACGACAGCCUCCACCAGCACCUCCUGUACAUCCGCCACUUCCUGUGGAGCCUGCGGGGCAGGCCCGCCCGGCCAGAGUGUCUCCAGGGCCCGCACCACACCAGCCCCGAGGGCCACCCUGAGGACCAGAGCUGCACCCUGGCUUCCAGGGACCCCGGCAGGGGAGCCCAUGAGGCCGGCCCGGAGCGCCCUCCUCCUUCCAUGGGGGACCCCCAGGCACAGGGCCCUCUGGGAAGGCUGCCAGGCCGCGUGAGCCGCGGGGGGCCCCAGGCCGGGGACCCACAUGGGGACCCCUCAUGCCUGCUCACGCCCCCCGGCACCCCGCUCAACCUGGAGCCCGCUGUCCCCGACUGGCCAGAAGCCAGCAGUGCCUGCAGGGAAGCGCUUCCGGAAGGGAGGAGGAACGGGCCGAGCGGCCCGAGGUGCGCAGCCCCGGAAGGAGACUGUGCGGCCCCGGCGGGCGAGCCCCCUCUGGUCGCCUCCAGCCACAGCUCCAGCACGGACGACUUCUGCUACGUGUUCGCGGUGGAGCUAGAGCGAGGCCCCUCUGGGCUGGGCAUGGGCCUGAUCGACGGCAUGCACACACCCCUGGGCGCCCCAGGGCUCUACAUCCAGACCCUGCUCCCGGGGAGCCCCGCGGCGUCCGACGGGCGGCUGUCGCUGGGAGACCGCAUCCUGGAGGUGAACGGCAGCAGCCUGGUGGGCGUCAACUACCUGAGAGCCGUGGAUCUGAUCCGACACGGGGGAAAGAAGGUGCGGUUUCUGGUUGCCAAGUCAGAUGUGGAAACGGCCAAGAAGAUCCGCUUCCGCGCGCCCCUGCCCUAGGCGCCGUGCAGGGGCGGCCCGGGC